AAGAAAAACUCAAGUAGCGGUCUCCUGCUCGUGUCGCUGCUUCCGGCCCACAGUGCAUGGUGGACCGGGGUGGAGGCAUAAAUUGCCUUGAAAACGCAUCGUUUGAUUGUAGAAUUGCCUGUGACACAGAGCAUCUUCUUGGCGACAAAACAAGGAGAAGAAGAUUAAUGAGUAAAGAAGGUGAAGAAGAAGUAAAAGGAGAAGAUGAGAGAAGAGAAGCGGCAAUAUCAUACACACCAUAUUUGCAGCCUGGUCUUAAGCACUCGCGUAUAUCGCAAGAUCAGCUUUUCAAGCUCCAAGAGCUGCACAAGAGACGCUUAAAGAUAAAAUCGAAGAUUCAUAAUAAUUUAGAAGAUAAAAAUUGUAGAUCCCAUGGAAAACACCUCAAACAUAGUGAUGGUAAAGAUCCAGGUAGAAGCAUUGAAGGCUCAACUGUCACCAACUUGAAAAACCAGCACGACAGUACCAAUGUCUCUUCACAGCAAGACAAUGUAGCGGCAGAUCAUGCACCGAAGAAGCGCCAGAAAUUAUAUUGGGGGCUUGACACAAAGGAAAGGUGGGAGAGGAAAGCUAACAUGUAGAUGUAACCAUGCAUGCGAGAAUUCUGCUUUCUGGACCUCCAAAAUUCGCUCUUGGGGUUAACAAUAGGCCAAAAGUCUCCAUGUCCGAUUCUGCCAACUUCUGCCUUUUAUAGCAUGUAGCAUUUGCAUAUGAUCUGUGUCAUAUUGUGGCCAUAAAUUUUAGCUUGAAGCCAGACAACAAUUUGAUGUUGGCAAAGCUGUUUUAUUAAGUGCAAAAAUCACACAGCCAAAAUUGACUGCA